GACUUGAGCGGUUGACAACACGACCACGGCGACGACCGAGAUAGAGAGGCUCAAGGAGUGUGAAACAAAUUUAAAAAAAGUCCAACCAAAGAGAAAUGUUUUAGCCAAAAGUUAAUUUAACUAAAAAAAAAAACAAAGGCAAAGCAGCCAUAUUUGAUUCGAUCAAAUUCGAAGUUAGAAAAUUCGGAUUGAAAAAGCUCCUUUAAGCUGAGCUUAAUAAUAAAACGGAUCUCUGUGGCUUUGUGUUCGUGUGUGUGUGUGUGUGUGUGUGUGAGAAAGUGCAUUCGAUUCGAGUGAGCAGGAUGGAGCAUGACAGCUUUGAUGAUCCGAUUUUCGGGGACUUUGGCGGCGGCCCCCUCAAUCCCCUGGGGGCCAAGCCCCUUCUGCCAACCUCGACGGCCAUGCAUCCCGUUAUGCUCGGCAGUGUCCACGAGCUGUGUAGCCAGCAGCAGCCGCAGCAGCGUCUGCCCGACUGCAACACCAUACUGCCAAACGGCGGCGGGGGAGGCGUGAGCGGUGGCGGAGGAUCUCCCAACUAUGUUCCGAAAAUGGAUUUUGGCAAUAAGAUUGGAUGCUAUUCGCCCAGCCAGAAGUACGAGUACAAGCUGGUGGAUCAGCAUCAGCAGCACCAGCAACAACAACACCAUCACCACCAGCACUACGCCGUCACGCCACCGCCCAGCCACAAUGGCAUCCUGCAUCACAAGCAGCAGACAUCCUCAAACCAACAGCAGCAGCAGCUGGUGGGGAUCAUGGACUACCAUCCGCUGAACGGAAAGCUCGACUACUCGCCCAAGGACCAGUACGAACCGCAGUCUCAGCAGCAUUCCCAACUGCAGCAUCUCUACGGCGGCAGUCCGCAUCACCACUUGGACCACUUGGAGCACUCAGAUGGCUUGAUCCAGGACUCCAGUCCAGUGCUAAUCAACGGCGGUCCUGGUUCGGCCGGAGGCAAGCUCAAGAAGCCCGACGAAAUGUGCGGCCAGAUGCAGGAUGCGGGUGGUUCGGGCGUUACACCACCAGCCACCUCCGCGUCGGGCAUCAGCAAUGGCGUGACGCCCAAUGGAAGUGCAAAUGUCUCUGCUGGGGGCCAGGGCGCCUCGGUCACAGUUGUGGGCGCUGCUGGAGGUGUUGCUGCCGCCGCGCCCAAGAAGGACGGCGGAAACAGCAGCAGCAAAAAGAAGGGCGAUCCCAAUGGCAUCAAGAAGAAGAAAACGAGAACCACGUUCACAGCCUAUCAAUUAGAGGAACUAGAACGCGCCUUUGAGCGUGCCCCCUAUCCGGAUGUGUUUGCCCGCGAGGAGCUGGCCAUCAAGCUGAAUCUGAGCGAGUCCCGGGUGCAGGUGUGGUUCCAGAACCGUCGCGCCAAGUGGCGGAAGCACGAGCCACCACGCAAGACGGGCUACAUCAAGACGAGCACUCCGCCGACGGCAACGCUAAACAGUAGCCUGGCUCCACCCUUCACCAGCUAUCCGCAGACGACGACCGUGACGCCGCCGGGUAGCAUGGACAGCUGGACCAGCUACCAGACACCCUACGAGCUGACACCGCAGUUCAGCCUGCUGUCGCCGGCGGCCAGCCCCUAUGGCACCUACUCCGGCCAGUACGGCACCUAUGUGCACGAGAGCCAGCUCUUUCCCAUGCGACACUUUGACUACGGCAGUCCCAGUCGCAUGGAAAUGGGCGCCACAACUGGCUCCGUGGCGGGUGUGUCCGGGGGCGAGGAGGCGACAGGCAAUGGGAAUGGAAGCUACCAGGCAGCGGAGCUGCAGGCUACGCAACAGCAGAUGGCCGACGGAACGCUGGUCACCCUCAUUCCCGAUCACGCCGAUCCGCACCAGCAGCAGCAGCAGCAGGCGCAGCUGAAUGGGAAAUAUCUGAGCGCGGAGCAGGCCAAGUAUGUGCAUCUGCAGUGCCAUCAAUCAUCGGCGGGCCUCGAGCUGAGUCCCGGCUCCAACUGCCAUUUGGUGGAGGCUCAGACGCAGCAUUACGUGACCACGGGAGCGGGUUCGGGGGCAGGGGCAGGCAACGGAAGUGGCAGCAGCGAUGACAACGACAGCGGACUGCAGACUGUGAUCAAGAGCGAGGAGUCGGCCCAGCAGCAGCAACAGCAGCAGCAGGCACAGAGCUACGUCCUGCCGCCUUUUUUGCACUAAGGGAAAUGCUCACACACCGUCGCCAGCAGCAGCACCAGCAGCAACAUCGACGCUGGGCUCCACCCCACCCUCAAAGCGCAGCACGCUUCCGGCGGCCAUUUUGAAAGUGUGUGUGUGUGCAGCAUUUCUAACUGUAAAUUGGGCCCCAUUCUCACGUGUGGACACCAGAAAAUACCAUACCAAAAGAUACCAAAUAUUAGUAGACUGAAAAGACCAAAACUCUGGUAUUUUUGUGGUUUUCGGAGAGUCCUAGCUAAUGUUUUCAUAUAUGCCAUAGGUUCCUUUUAGUCUUUAGGUCUCGUCUCGUAAGUUGCAACAACAACAGAAUCAACAAGUCUUGCCAAAACUUAAUGCAGUUUUUGUUUAGUCGUAAGUGUAGGAUUAGUCCCGAGGGGGUGUCACCGUACCCCCCAGAAUGCAUUCCAAAUGUGCCUUACGGGCGACGGAAGAGCUACAGAUAGCUCGUCCGUCCCCAAAAACAAAUUUAGCCAUAGCCUAGCUCUAAGUUAAACCAAAAACUGUUGUGUAGUUAGACAAUAAAAUGCUUUUUAUAUAC